AAAGAAAGUCGAAAACAUGACUGAUCCAGAUCCCUGCAGAAUAAAACAGGAAGACACUGAAGAAAAAAUAGACCUGAAAGAAGAGAACAAGGAGAUUGAAGAACUGACUGAAGUAGAAGAGAAACAUCAUGUAAAAACUGAAGAAACAUCCUCAAGUCUCUCAUUGAAAAGAAGAGAUGAAAUAUAUUUCACUUGCCCUCAGUGUGGAAAGAGUUUCUCAUGCAAGAAAAAUCUUGAUGUUCACAUAAAAUGUCAUGUUGAUGGAUUUUCAGAUAACAUGAAAGACCACCUGAAAAUUUAUACAAGGGAGAAGAAGCCUUAUGUAUGUAAUUUAUGUGGAAAUAGUUUUAGUCAGAUGAAUGCAUUUAAAAUGCACCAGAUAAGACACAGUGAUUUGAAAAAUCAUAUCUGCUCUGAGUGUGGGAAGACUUUUUUUACAUAUGGUGCAAUGAAAUUGCACCUGAUAGUUCACACUACAGAAAAACCUUACAAGUGUUCUUACUGUGAGAAGAGAUUCAAACGGUCAAUAUAUGUGAAAAGGCAUGAGAGAAUCCACACUGGAGAGAAGCCGUACACGUGUGAUCAGUGUGGGAAGAGCUUCAGACUAAAAGGAAUCCUUAACGAUCACAUGAAAAUCCACACAGGAGAGAGGUCUCACACUUGUGCUCAAUGUGGAAAAAGUUUUGCACAAAAAGGAAAUCUUAAUGAACACGUGAAAAUCCACACAGGACUGAAGCCACACACAUGCGAUCAAUGUGGGAAGAGUUUCAGACUAAAAGGAAUCCUUAAUGAUCACAUGAAUAUCCACACUGGAGAGAAGCCGCAUACAUGUGAUCAGUGCGGAAAGACUUUCACACAAAAGAAAGACGAUAUAACUCUGACCAGUGCAGUACAAAAAAUGUCAGGGCAGAUUUCCUGA